UCGCACGUGCACCGAAAAUGGGAGAUGCUGUGGAAGCUUUAUUCGUCAGCGCCUGCAGCGAGGAAAACACAACAUGCAGCGUCCAGGAUCUGCGCACCGGCACCGACCUAAUGAAGUACAAGGGCGGCGGGAAUGCCCAACACCACAGUCUGGCUAUGAUUGGGCUGAAUUAUGUUCUGGCAGCCAACACAAUUAAGCCUUUGCUCCACGUCUGGCCUAUCAAUAAGCAGGAGCAGAUGUCGAGCCUGCGAUUUGUGUUGCCAGGCAAGGCCAAUGCUAUGGCCCUCACUCCAGAUGGCGCGUACCUGGUAGUUGGAAUACAGGAGAGCAUUUAUAUCUGGCACAUGAGCACUGGCCGCAUGCUGAACACCCUCUCGAAACACUACCAGGCCAUAACCUGUCUGCGCUUCACUGACAAUGGCGAGCGCUUUGUCAGCGCCGGGAAAGAUGGGGCCGUUCUGGUCUGGGAUCUCACCUUCUCUGUUGCCCCGCUAGACAACGGCAGCCAGGAGGGCAGUGAGCCUCUGUACAGCUUUAACGAUCAUGGCCUGGCUGUGACGGAUCUGCACACUGGAAUUGGUGGCAUUCGCUCCUACUUAUACACAGUGUCCCUAGACCGCUGCUGCAAAGUAUAUGAUUUAAACGGUGGCAUCAUGCUCCUCAGCAUUGUGUUCCCAAUAGCACUGCACAGCGUGGUUGUCAAUAGGAUGGAGACCAGCAUUUAUGUUGGCUCCGCCGAAGGCAAGUCGUUUGUGUUUCACAAUUGGAGAGCGCCACGGAUGAAGGAAUACCAUCUGGAGGAGGACGAUGCUCAGGCCUUUAUCGGCCAUACGGUUGGAAAACCCAUAACCUCCUUGGCUCUGACAAUGAAUGCCCAACUGUUGGUCUCUGGCGGUGAGGAUAAGCAAGUCUGCGUUUGGGAUGUUGCGAGUCGGCAGCUCAUGAAGAGUAUUCCCCAGAACGGCGUGAUCACUAAUCUGAGAAUCCGUCUUCUCAGUCCCGCCAUUUUCCAGCCGCAACACAAGCAACCACAAUUAUUCGCAAACAGUCUCAAGCGGAUGAUCACGCCUCCGGAUGUUAAUGAUUAUAUUGAGUUGCUCGUCACCAACGAGUACCCCAAAGCACGUGCCAAACCAAAGCUAAAUUUUGACAACUGUAACUUGGGUCCGGAGGAUCAAAAAAUAUUACAAAAAAUGCAGCACGUAAAUCUGGGCGCCGAUGACGUUGACGUUGACGAUGACGAUGAUAUUGAAUUUGACGAGGAGGCGCUGAAGUCAACUCGGCAAUCUUCCAAAGUUAAAGAUGAAGAUGUGGCUUUAGCGGUCGAGGAAGACUUUCAUAAGGCCCAUUUCAAUGAUCCUGCAGUACAGAAACUUAUCGCCGAAAACCGACGACUCAAAAAGAAAAACGAGGAAGUGCUUCAAACCAUGGCGAAGUAUUUGGUAGACCAUUCGGAAAGCGGUAAGGGUCCUCCACAGAGAAAUCGCAAGAAAGCUCGUAAGAACUAGUGGUUGGCUCCACCCGUGCCUUUUGUUUACUUAGAUUAUAGCUCAU